GUUUGUUUGGUUUGCUUUUUCUGAGUUUGUAUGUAAACUUUGGUCCAAUUUCAAUUAUUCGCAUAAAUUUCCGUAAUUAACGUCCAGAAAUGUUCAAAAACACGUUCCAAAGCGGCUUUCUGUCCAUAUUAUACAGUAUCGGAAGCAAACCGUUGCAAAUUUGGGACAAAAAAGUGAAAAACGGUCACAUCAAGAGGAUCACAGACGAGGAUAUUCAGUCGUUGGUGCUGGAAAUUGUGGGCUGUAACGUCAGUACUACUUACAUAACUUGUCCCGCGGAUCCUAGGAAGACUUUGGGAAUUAAAUUGCCUUAUUUGGUGAUGAUUGUGAAAAAUUUGAAGAAGUAUUUUACUUUUGAAGUACAGAUAUUAGACGACAAAAAUGUCAGAAGAAGAUUUCGAGCCAGCAACUACCAAUCGACAACCAGAGUCAAACCUUUCAUCUGCACCAUGCCCAUGAGAUUAGACGAAGGCUGGAAUCAGAUACAAUUUAAUGUGGCAGACUUUACACGAAGAGCUUACGGCACUAAUUACGUGGAAACUUUAAGAGUACAAGUCCACGCUAAUUGCAGAAUACGCAGAGUGUACUUUUCGGAUAGGCUUUACUCUGAAGACGAAUUACCAGCGGAAUUUAAAUUGUUUUUACCUAUUCAAAAUAAAACUAGAACGGCGGUGGCUCCCAAUAGUUGAUAAUACUAUUUUGGUAUAAAAUUAAUAAAUGUUUUUGUUGAUAAUUAUUAUUGUGAUCUCACUUGACUUUAAUGUGUAAGGCUAUAUUAAGAGCACUUGUGCCUUAUGGUUUAUUCUUAGUUGGUAAUGAUAAUUUUUUUUUCGUAAUGAUGAGUUUUGUGGUCUUGAAAAUUUGGUAAUAAAUAAUACAAUGAUGAUAAGUAA